UUUUUUUUGGUAGCACUGACACGUAUCCUGUUUCGGGUCGGUUUCGGAACGAGUUUGCGUUCUCCCUCUACACCCCUGCGCGGCCUGCAGUCGACUUCGCGCGCGCGAGGGAAAGUAGAGAGAGAAAAAGCCAGAACGAGAGAUAUGAGCGGCGGCGGCAGCGGCGGCGGGGUAAAGACGCCGGCGGACUUCCUGAAAUCCAUCCGGGGACGCCCCGUCGUCGUCAAGCUCAACUCGGGCGUCGACUACAGAGGUAUUCUAGCUUGUUUGGAUGGAUAUAUGAAUAUUGCAAUGGAACAAACAGAAGAAUAUGUCAACGGUCAACUUAAGAACAAAUAUGGGGAUGCUUUUAUCAGAGGAAAUAAUGUUCUCUAUAUCAGCACCUCAAAAAGGACUCUUGCAGAAGGGGCAUGAUGGUGCUGCCCUGAAAUCUAGAUUUGUGCAUGGUAGACCCAAUUAAAAGCACAUCUGUAGCUUUUUAUGAUUUGAUAGAUGAGAGGGGCACAUUGGCUGUUUAAUGUUAUGUUUAGGUUGGUCUUUGGAUCUUAAUCUAGAUGUAGUAGUGGCACAAUACCAUAGGCUGCAAAUACUGUCCUGCAUCUCUACUUGGUAGCAUGGUUAUAUGCAAGACUUUUAUAUCCUGCUGCCUUGGGCUUUUAGAAAUAUUGAAGCAUGUUAAUUUUGAUCAGACCACUAUUCUAUUUUUUA